GCAUUUCAACUUUGUCCCUUGCAACAGACUGAGACAUUCCUCGCAGAGCUCAAGGAGAGGAACGUAUUGAUCUGGCUUUGUGUGUUUUUUUUUUCCUUUUCUUCUUCUCUCUCCUCCUGGUGAAUAGUUUCACUGUAAUUUCAUCAGCUGCUGUUUUAAAGUUGGAUUUAUGUCACUGACGACAGACAGGGCAGGACGCGCCGUGUUCGUUUUGAUUUGCGAGUGAGAGAGAGGUUCAGAUCGAGUUAAACGAGAUUAAAGUGUGUCGAUCUGCGUCUGUGUGAAGGUCGUCGUGGGACUGAGUGCGUGCAGGGAUGGACCUCACCGACCUCCUGCUCAGAAACUCAGACGAAAUCCCCUUUCCUCACAGCAGCCAGCCGUGGAAUAUCACGACUCAUGAUACCCUAAGCCCUGAGAGAAGUACCGCCGAUGACUUCCUGGACGCCCUGCUGGGUGGGAGCACCUCGUCCUCGGCUGAGGCGUCCCCCCUGUGGUCGCCCUGCACCACCGACAGCGGCAUCAACGAGGACCCGCCGACAGACCCCACAGAGAGGCUCCAGCCGACCCCCUGCACUGGUUUUCCAGCCUUUGACACAAAACCCUUCCCUCAGCCUCCGCCUCUGGAGAAUCACCCUCCGGCGGAGGAAAGAAAACCUUACGUUUCCAUAGAUCUGGGCUGGGAGUCCGCUGAUCUCCAAGAGCAGCUUGGCAUCGCUUACUACCUCACCACGAAGCAGACGUCCCCUCUGUCCCCUGCCCAGACUCUCACAGUGAAGGACCUGCUGCUAAACAACCUUGGACAGACAGCGAGGCAGAGCCCCCAGCACUCCCGGCAGGAGCUCGUACUUAAUGAGGACGAGAAGAAACUUCUGGCCAAAGAAGGGGUGAACUUACCCAGUAAAUUUCCCCUGUCCAAGCUUGAAGAGAGGGUUUUGAAGAAGAUCCGGCGGAAAAUCCGCAACAAGCACUCGGCUCAGGAAAGUCGGAAGAAGAGGAGGGAAUAUGUUGAUAGUCUGGAGGGAAGGAUGUCUGCAUGUAGCGCCAACAACCUGGAGCUGCAGAGGAAGAUCCAGCAGCUGGAGGAGACCAACAGCGCCCUGUUGGAGCAGCUGAACCGGCUACAGGCGCUGCUGCCGAACAGCUCCGGCAGAACAGCACACGGAGCGACCCGCAUCCUGGUUUUGCUCCUCGCCUUCUCUUUGCUCAUUUCCUCAAAUCUGCAGCCAGAACCUUACAGCCAGCUCAGCCAGGCGGAGUACACGCAGACCAAAGCGCCGUCCCGCUCCCUGCUCUCGCUGGAUGAAGUGCAGGACGUCCACCCUCGCCCUCUCUUCUCCGUCUCCAGGGGAUACGAGGAUCUGUGCAGCCUGAUGAAGAAGCUCUGACCCAGGCCUCCAUCUCCCCACGUUAUACUCCACCAUCCUCCUGCAAGCAGGAUGAGAGGCGCCGAGACAAUCACGGAUCUCCUCGGGGGCCCCCCCCCAGGAGGGAAGAUGCGGCAAAUGAGCGCGGGCUGCUUGCAAGCGCAGCAUCCAAAUGAACGGUUUGAUUGCUUUCCAGCGUCUGUUGUGCACUGCAGAGACUGAGGUGAGGACCCAGUGAGGUGCUGUGGUGUGUUUGUCAGCUGCUCCAACACACAACAACGGCGAGUUAUUAGAGGAUUUUUAUUAUUAUUAUUUUUUUCCCCGACCUGUAAUACACUCACUCAGAUAGAGGUCGGCGAGGAGGUCAGCCAAACAGAUGUAAUUUUGUGUUUUUGUGCCUUUGGUAAACAGAGCGUCAGGGAGCACGCUGCUGAUGUACGACUGCAAAAUAUGAUCUGUGAGAGACACCGAUGUACAUUCACUGCUGUAUUUUAUUGUUAACUUUUAAUGUAUAUAUUGAAAACUGUAUUAAAAAAAAAAA